AUGGUCAUUCUUCAACGUCACGCAUUUGCAAUCGCAAAUAGCGCAGAUGAGGCAGCGAAACGGCGGGAGAUACUACAGCGUCUGUCGAAGUCUCUAGCCUACGUCUAUACCGACGUCCUCGAGUUCUGUGAUGGUGCUCGUAACCUAGAAAACACCAAGGAAUAUGUUACAAAGCCCGCAUGA